CAUGACGCCACAAUGGCAGCAGCACCUGUACAUUACCCUGCUGCUCCUGCACACCCAUAUAACAACGCACCAGUGGUGAAGCUCCCUGUAAGCCAGAGCCUGUGUCCUGCUGGCAUGCUGAAUGGAGAGACAGUGUACGAGGUUGCUCCAUCUGACUCCGCUCCUCCUGCACUGAACAGCUCCAUGUUACAAUUCACAACAAUACCAUAUGUAAAGAAGCCGCCAAAUGCCUUCAUGCUGUACAUGAAGGAGCAGAGGCCAAAUGUUGUGGCCGAGUUGAACAUUAAAGAGAGUGCACAAGUGAAUAUUAUCCUGGGAAAGAGGUGGAAGUCACUGUCAGAGAAGGAAAAGGCCAAGUAUUUCCAUCAAGCCAACAAAGAGCGGCAGCUCCAUGCCCAGAAAUACCCCUACUGGUCAUCAAAUGACAACUAUGGCAAAAAGAGAAAGAGGAAGAGGAGCAAAGCUCCCAUCAGGACUGAAGCGUCUGCGUCUAAACCUGAAGACGUCACUCACCAAGCAAGGAAGUUAUGUGUGACUCCAGUGCAGACAGUGAAGAUGGAGACCAUCACAGACAGAUUUAAUAGAGGCUCCUCUUACACCGUCCUGAUGCAGCUGCCUCCAAGCACAAAAUCGCAGAACUGGUGUCACUGAUGAUGGAGCAGCUUGCACUGCACUGCAGAGCCUCAGCUGCCCUCCUCUCCAUGAACACACAUCAGUACAUCAAAUAAAUAUGUAAAA